AUGGACAGUGGUAAGAGCAGGCUGACCGACUGCGAAAAUAAACAAGCAUUAAAACGCAAUUCAAGUGCUAUACCGGGUGGUUGUGGAAUUGACUCUACGGACCGCUUUUCCGCAUCUACGAUCAUCACCAGUUGGGAAGGCGAAACGAGUUAUUUGCUAGAUGAUACUCCUGGUAAUUCAUCGGAGAGGCUGCGAUGGUGGACAUCGACGCUUCGAUUCUAUGCCGCUUCCUCCCCACAAGGUUCCGCAGAUGCAUGCCCGUCUGGGUUUCAGGCAAAUGCAUCAUCCAUCGUUAAUCUUGUCUACCACAUCUACCACAUUCCACUGGUAACAAGCGGUGGUUCUGGUGGCACUUAUGUUAGUCCCUCUACUGGUGACGUUUUAUGUGUACUAAAUCGUCUUUCCUCCUACGGAGAUGCGGCGUUGCGUGGGACUCUCGUUGCCAGUAUUAAUGCCAAAGACUUAAGACUUUACGGUGACAACAGUUAUGAGGUUAAGAUCGCUCGACAUCUGGGGACUGCGUCAGCUGUGAAUGUGAUUGCUGAGUACAAGACGGGUUCCCGUUCCCAAAUGGAGAGCUCCACUUUUGUGGCCUACGCUCCCACGGUUUUAUACACUUGUCCCCAUACUGAUGAGCAGUCUUUCUACCGUAUUUACACCAAAUCCGAUCAGUUGACUUGUGAUCUUUUUUCCGGCAUUUCAACUGGAACCCGAUUUAGCAUCGGAAUUAUCUUCCUGGCAGCUUUACUGUACGCUCUCUCUGGCAGCUACUUUGUGUGGUUACGUUGCGGUACCUCUAUUGCAAUGAUGUCCUCGUUCAUUUGUCUUAUGGUUUUCUACCGUUAUUCCCACCUACCCGAUAGUGGCAAGUUUUCAAUUCAUUUGGUUGUAGUUGGUGUGCUGAUACCAAUUUUCACGAGCUGCCUGUUAAUGUUUCUGAUUUACUGCUGCUGCAUUCGAAAAUUCUACGUACAAGACACAGUUCCUCUAUCCCCAAGUAUAUUCAACCCCCUAAAUGAGCCACAGCUACCCUUCUACAGCAGCUACGGAGCAAUAGGAGAUGUGGAUGAUGGCAGAACCAAUGGGGGCUCGUUUGCGGACCACUUUUUUCCUGAGCGGUCCUCUCACCUUAGAUUUCCUAGAAGCCACUCUAAUUUCACUUUUGGAACAGGUGAAGGCAUCUACACUGCUACCACCACAUUGAAAAAUACUUUCUGCUGCUGUUGCUAUAGCAGACGAUCGAAUCAGUAUCGGUUAUGGCGACUGGCAAGGCUGGUUCCCGUACUGCCUGCUGUAUUGCUUCUUACUUCCCUCUUUGUGGGCUCGCUCCUAAAUUACAUUGAUGCCUUGAAGAAUCCCCCGGGACAUAUAUGCUUCUUCGUAUUCAUUUACAUUGUGCUGAUUGCACUAAUGUAUAUUUACAAAAACAUGGCAUUUGGCCUGUCAGUUGCACUGACUGGGCUCUAUAUCGGUCUUAACUGUGUUGCGCUGCUGUUUUUCCCGAAUUCUCUACUACCUUACAUUCUGGUGGAUGAAUUUCUUAUUCUGACAUGGCCAGAGGAGCGUCUAAGUGUUCAUGAUAUCUCUGUUUACGGCAGAAAUGACACAAUCUUCUUGGUGGUAUGGCUAAGUGGAAGCGUGCUAGCGGGUCUCAUAACUUUGUGUGCCCUCCGCCUGAGCGACUCCCGGGACCACAACGCCAGCCGUGGGCAGGCAGCAGGAGGACUGUGCGAACCACUAAUGGCGGCGCCAACGGGGGCGGUAGUAACCACAACCUCAAGGUCGUCCCAUUGGUGGCCACUGAGGCAGCGUCUGUUUCAAUAUUGGCGUCGGGAUCGGCGGCGAAAUCGAGGGCCCUUCACAGCCUUUGACGAGAUGGAAGUAACUGCGGGCAGACAGGAUGAGGAGGAAUUGGAGCCCUCUGUAUUCACCUACUUCGACACCGAGACAUUUCCGCCCCCAUACGCCCCUGUGGAAGAAAAUCGGCUUCAAACCAACAUCGCAUGGCCGCCCCAACCCCUCACCGAUCGACCUUUGGCCCCGGUGCUCCCGGCAGAGCGACGCGCAUUUCUGGACAGACAGCGCCCGAUGUAUGGCGCGGCGUUGGAGGCCCCACUUCCACCUCCUCCUCUGAUUCCCAUGAGCCGCACUCAACUUGAAGCAGCGGCGGCGGCCCCGUCAGCGGGACCGACCAACAAGCAGACCUCACCCUGCCCCUGCCACACUACGAGAGGACGCAAUCCCUUCGACGUAGACGUGGAGGAAGACCGUGCUUUCGGAUCCCAAGACCUCCCUGCCCCUCCUCGUGAUGAACCAUAUGGAUUUGGCGCAGCGCAACUAAUUACUUUUAAGCCUGGGUCCCAUGCGCACAUGCUGAGGCUGCGCCCGGUAUUCCAUAGAGCAGGUCCGGUUGUAAGAGUUGCUUCCCUAUCUACCGCGAAUAAUAAAAUAAUCUUUUCGCCGUCUUGUGUAAAGAAACUGAAGGAACUAGGAGAGGACCAUGGAUUACUGCGAGUUAUUGUGGAUAGUGGUGGCUGCUCCGGUUUUCAGUACAAGUAUGAGAUUGAUAAAAACCUAAGCGGUGAUGACAUUAUCAUUGAGCAUUCCGGUGUGAAAAUCGUCGUUGAUCCCCAGUCGAUGCAGUUCCUCGAGGGUUCUAAACUCGACUACGAGGAAGAGUUAAUCCGAUCCGGUUUUAGGAUAGCAAAUAAUCCUCAGUCUGAUAAAGGGUGUUCCUGUGGCUCCUCAUUUACUCUGAAACUAGAUUAG